GCCUCAUCCGACGGCCCAGACCUCGCCGGCCGUUGUACUUAACGCAGCCGCAAUCCACUUCUCUCGUCUCUUCUCUUGUCACAACACAAUACUGCAGUGCACUGUAAAAGAAAGGAAAGGGAAGGAAGAAAAAGCUUUUGUUCAUCUGCUCCUUUCCCCCCCUCAAAUCCCUCCCAAAUCCCAACUAAUCGCCCGAUUUAUCAGCCCAUUCCUCGCGCAAAUCCGCUCCGUUAGCUUCUCGCCGGCUAUUCAACCUUGGGGCCAUCUUUUUUGGGGUUAAAUUUGGUCCAGAGUUGAGGCUUUUUCUUUCGGGAGGAGGGAUUUGGGUAGCAAUGGCUUGUCCAAUCGUGGAGAUGUCUCGUUUCUAGUCGCCAAAACCAUCUAGAAUCCACUAGUGUUUUGGGAGGUCGCUGUUGCGGGAGCAGCCGCCGCCUUUUGUGUGUGUGGAGUGGAGAUGGUGACCGAGAUGGCGAUGCGAGGUGAGCCGUGGCGGCGCCAGGAGGGGGAGCAGGCGCAGGCGGAGGCCGAUCGGGAACGCGAGCUGGACCUCUUCCGCAGCGGCUCCGCGCCGCCCACGGUCGAGGGCUCCAUGGGCGCGCUCCACGCCGCCGCCGCCGCCGACGUGUUCCUGGAGGACGAGCUCCGGGCCGACCCGGCCUACCACUCCUACUACUACUCCAACGGCAACAUCAACCCUCGCCUCCCGCCGCCGCUGCUGUCCAAGGAGGACUGGCGCUCCGCGCAGCGCCUUCGCCCCGGCUUGGGUGGGAUCGGCGACGGGAGGAAGCCCAGAGGUGGAGGUGGAGGCCGCGGCGGCGGCGGCGCUGGAGGGAUGGGUCCAGGGGAUGGCCUCAUUGGGAUGCCCGGUCUCGAGAUUGGCCGCCAGAAUAGCUUCUCCGGUAUCUUUCAGGAUGACUCGUAUCAACACGAUACGGAUAGACAGGGUGCCAACUGCAAUGGUACAGACUUGUUGAGUUCUUCUAAAGUGCAGUAUGGUCUACAUCGUGAGACUGGAGCUAUUAGUGGCCUUCACUCAGACAGCAAAGCACCAUGCUUGCCAGAAAACCAGAAUGAAUCAUCACACUCAUAUGCAUCAAUAAUAGGAUCAUCACUUUCAAGAAGUGCAUCUCCAGAUCCUGAACUAGUGAGGAGAGUUCCUAGUCCUUGCCUCCCCCCAAUUGGUGUGAAACUUGGUGCUACAGAUAAGAAGAAUAAUGUUGGUUCAUCUUCUUUCAAUUGUAGUUCUCCCAAUAUUAUUGAAUCUGAUGAUUUGGUGUCUGCUCUAUCUGGUAUGAACCUGUCGUCAUCAAGAGCAAUGAACGGAAACACAAUGGACCAAUCUAAGCUCCAUCAGGAUGUGGAUGAUGUUCGUAAGUUCCUUUUUGAUCAGUACAUGGAUCAAACAAAUGGCAAUCAGCGCCAUUCCUACAUGAAACGUUCUGAACAAGGACACGUGAAGGUUCCUCAAGAAUAUUCUGGUGCUUCUAUGAAUCCUUCUGUUAUGAGAAGCCAGAUCAAUGCUGGUGGUUUCACAUCAUUUAACAACUCAUCGGUGGGAUCUGGCUUUGCUUCUCCUAGGCUUGGAUCCCGAUCACCAGGUGGGAGUUUAUCUUCACGGCAAAAUCUAACUGGUGCAUCUAACCUUCCAAACUACGUUGGAAUUGGAAGUCCAACUGCAGCUUCUGCCCACCAGAUGCCUGUUGAUCCACUGUAUGUUCAGUUCCUUCGGGCAGCAGAAAUUGCUGCCCUUGCAGCUAACUGUGAGGAUCCUUUGAUGGAUAGGGCUAAUCUAGGAGGUUCUUACAUGGAUCUAUUUGGCCCUCAGAAGGCGUACCUUAGUCCAUUGCUUCAGUCACAGAAGCAAUAUAGUUACUACGGGAAUCUCGGGGUUGGUCUUGGCUAUGCUGGUAACUCUUUAACAAGUCCUAUUCUUCCCUCGUCACCAGGUGGACCUGGUAGUCCACUUAGGCACGGGGAUCGCAGCAUGCGCUAUCCAUCUGGGAUGAGAAAUUUUGGUGGUUCCUUUGGCUCCUGGAAUUCAGAUCUCGGUGGUAAGAUGGAGGCCAAUUUAGUUCCAUCACUUCUGGAAGAAUUUAAGAGCAACAAAAGCAAAUCAUAUGAGCUCUCUGAAAUCGCUGGUCAUGUUGUUGAGUUCAGUGCGGAUCAAUAUGGAAGUAGAUUCAUACAGCAAAAGCUUGAAACAGCCAGCACUGAAGAAAAAGACAUGGUUUUUGCUGAAAUCAUGCCUCAGGCUCUCACAUUGAUGACUGAUGUCUUUGGAAACUAUGUUGUUCAGAAGUUUUUUGAGCAUGGGAGCUCAGCUCAGAUAAAGGAGUUGGCUGAUCAGCUAAUUGGACGUGUCUUAGCACUCAGCCUCCAAAUGUAUGGUUGCCGAGUUAUACAGAAGGCCAUAGAAGUUGUUGAUUUAGAUCAGCAGACUAAAAUGGUUGCUGAGCUUGAUGGACAAGUGAUGCGCUGUGUACGUGAUCAAAAUGGAAAUCACGUUAUACAGAAAUGUAUUGAAUGCAUUCCACAGCAUGCUAUCCAGUUCAUUGUUUCAACCUUCUAUGGUCAAGUUGUGAUGCUAUCAACUCAUCCAUAUGGUUGUCGGGUGAUACAGAGGGUGCUGGAGCAUUGUGAUGAUCCUAAAACCCAGCAAAUCAUGAUGGAUGAGAUCCUACAAUCUGUUUGCUUGCUGGCUACAGACCAGUAUGGUAACUAUGUUGUCCAGCAUGUUCUGGAACAUGGCAAACCCCACGAGAGAUCUGCUAUUAUUGAGAAGUUGAUUGGGCAGAUAGUACAAAUGAGCCAGCAAAAGUUUGCUUCAAAUGUCAUUGAGAAGUGUUUAGCCUUUGGGAAUCCUGUGGAGCGUCAAGUCCUGAUUGGUGAAAUGCUUGGCUCCAGUAAUGAGAGCGAACAUCUUGAGGUGAUGAUGAAAGAUCAAUUUGCAAACUAUGUGGUACAGAAGGUGUUAGAGACCUGUGAUGAUCAGCAGAGAGAGAUGAUCCUUACAAGGAUAAAAGCUCAUCUGAACACACUGAAGAAAUAUACUUACGGGAAGCAUAUAGUGGCACGCGUGGAAAAGCUCGUCGCAGCCGGAGAAAAGCGGCUUGGGCUUCAACCAUCAACUGCAGCUUGAAGAAUAAGCGCUAUCUAGUUGUACAGCUAACAGUGGCUAGGUUUGCACUGGCGUCAUGUUUUUCUAUCUAAACCAACCCCUACUAGUACGAGGCUCUGUUCUGAAUGGCCUUGUUAGAAAUAAAGAGAGAGAGUAGUAGCUUGCACCGGAGAGUGUACAUUCUGUAGCUGAGGAACUAGCACAAGGGAGGGAGAUAAAAAGAAUCUUCAUGUGUACCGUGUACUAUGAGUUCUCAAACUGUGUAAAAAGAGGAGGAGCAAGGUGUACAAAUUUUUUAGAACUAGAGCGAAAGAGAGGGCUGUUGUUAGCUGUUUUAUUAAACUUUUAAAAAGCCAGUCACUAGUACUUUUUUCUUUUUGAAAAAAAAAGAAUUAAUCUCAGCCCUGCCCGGUAUCGAUGAUUCGAUAUCAUAUCAGGGCGUCGCGUUUUGUUGUAACAUAUACUACUACUACUGUACCACAGAUGAUGCCUUGAGCUGUUCUGUGGGUGAAGCUGGAGCUAUUAAUCUCAGCUUUGCUCUUUUUUACUACUACAUUUAUCAUCUA